AUGCGGCGGAGAAGCUCCGCACCCCGCCUGCUGCUGCUGCUGCUGCUGCUGCUGUCGCCCCGACGCCUGCGAGCAGGGAGACCAGACGCGAAGGUGACGGCCCUGCUGGGCAGCAGCGUGAAGCUGCCCUGUGUGUCCCCGGAGCCGACCCGCCUCGAGCUGCACCUGCUGCAUGUGUACUGGCAGAUCCCGGAGCAGCCCAAGGACAGGAGUGUCGCCUCCUACCUGAACGGCUCCGGGCAGCGCAUGGAGCCCCGGGCCCAGCUGGUGCCCACCGACAUGCGACGCGGCGACUUCUCGCUGCACCUGGCCAACGUCACCCUCGCCGACCAGUCGCCCUAUCGCUGCCUGGUGUUUCGGAAGAUGGAGAAGAUGCUGGAGCGGACGGUGCAGCUGCUCGUAGGAGCCAAUUAUAGCGAGCCCGUGGUGACGUGCCUGGAGCCCGAGGCUGGCGAGGACCAAGUUUGCACCUGCACCUCCAGCGACGGGUACCCGCUGCCCAGGGUGCACUGGAUCGAGGCGGACGGCAGCCCGCUGGCCGGAGGGCUGCAAAACACCACCGUGCAGAGUGGCGCGCGUGGCCUCUACAGCGUGGUCAGCGUCCUGCGUCUCCGCCAGUCCCGGCCCGCCCAGGUGCGCUGCUGCGUGGAGAACCAGCUGCUGGGCCAGAACCGCACCAGCCGGCAGCUGGGUGAGGCAGAAGGCACAGAAAAACACUACCAAAAAAAUGGUACCACUCCCUCACCCAGGCCGCCCGAGGAGCCCCGAACGUCCAUGAUGGUGCUGCUGGCCGUGGGCAUGGUGGUGGGCGUGAGCCUGGCCAUGGCCGUGGGUUGGCUGUGCCGGAACCGCUGGCCCUACAGCACCACACAGGGUUUCGGGAAGCGGCUGACCCGGAGGGCAGGCUAUGAUGCAGGGCCAGUGGGGUACGGGGUCAGCGGGCUGUGCGGCCCUGAAAGGUGA